AGUUUAGAUUCAGAUGGAUACCGACAACGUAGACCAACAGUAGGUCAUCAUCAGCAACAGGUGUAAUGAGAAUGUGUGUUUAUAUGUUGUCAAUUGCUCGCGGCAUUUAAUGUGUGAAAGUCUUCUAAAUCUAGUCUUUAAUAAACUGUACGUUACCUAGUACUUAAGAAUGUGUAAGUGCAUAGAGUGAUCAAGUGCGAUUUCCGAUACCACGAUGAUUGGACAAAUGGUAGUGAGCGGUCAACCAAGACCUUGGGCCUCUUUCACCAACAUCAGUUCCAAGGCAAUUCCAUACCCAAAAAUGAUGAAUAGUGCGGAAGAGAUUGCAACGUACAACGAUAAUAACAGCCACUACUGCUCGCCAGUAUUAGCACGCAAGCACACGAAUUUUUACCACACGCCAGAAAAAUCUCCGAAGAAAGACAAGAAAUGGUCUUUGGGCAAUUUAUUUCGACGAAAAAAGAAAGAGAGCGACACCAGCAGCGAUGAAGACGGUCACAGAAAUUUUCUCCAGAGGAAAAAAAAGAAGUCGGACAAGCGGAAACGUGUGAAUCAGACCGUUGGGUUUGAUCACGUUGUCCAUCCGUCGUCGAGACAAGUUAACGGAUGCAAAAACGUCGAGGAUCCCCUGGCGGUUCUAUCUGAACCAACGGCGCACAGGAAUUUCAUCCCGGCUAGCGAUUUCACAACUAGGUUUGUCACGUUAAAGGACAAGGAAAAUCGUCAAGAGUUAACUAGAUCGAGUAACAGUCUGGGAUCACCUUCCGUUUGCAGCUUGGGUAGGCGAAAAAAGGUGCACGUGAAAACCCGAACGGAAGCGCGGAAGGAAAAUUCCAAAGGGGAGGAAAGCUCCGAUGAUGACUCCCAGUUGUCCGUGUUUAAGAGCGACGAUAGUUUGAGUAAACAGAAGGAUGGUGUGUCAAAUCGAAGAUCUCGGGCGGCACGCACUCAACGUUACCUCAGGCGGAUGUCGAAAGAUGAAGAUGUACGAGACCAAAAUAAACUCACUAAAUUAGACUUGCAAGAAAACCUGAAGAAUCUGCAACACAAACCCGCGAAAAUUAACUUGUGUUAUACUAGGAGCGCUCCUCCGCCGCUCCAAAAUUUUUCAGGUUUAACUACCAUACCUCCUAGUCACAGUAGUCAUAAUAAAUACAGAUCACCCGCCCUUCUACCAAAUAAGUAUUUGUCGUACCACGCUUCCUACAAUGGUAAUGGAAUCAAAGCGAUAAACGAUUUCAAUAACCAACGGAGUCUAUCCUGCGAAUCGAACAUAUGUAGUCCUAUUUCUCCCGAUCCGGUCACGGGCACUUUACCUCUCUACAAAAAAUACCCUCCACCCCCACCCCCACGUGACCCGCGUCGGGUAAUUACCGUGCAAAACGGUGAAGGAAGGCCGAUAUCUUACUCAUUCGAAAACGGCUACAAACGGUCACUGUCUGAGCACAAGCCUGACGCGAAUCACAAUUUUCUCAAUAAAAAUGUCCGCUCAACCUCAGAAGACCACAUAAGCACCGAACCAUUGCAGCGAAUUCCUUUAAUUCCUCGCCCUUCAUCCGCAACACCAGACGCAACGCGCUUACAAAGGCUUACUCGCGCUCCCGAUCCGACGGAAAACCAAAGUUACCGAUAUUUGACGGAUAAAAAUCCGCGAAGCAGGCGGCCCAUAUGCAUUCAGCCCGACUCGACGGACCAGCCCACUUGGUCGCAGAAGACCUUCAAUUUUUGGCGGAAGAAAGACGAGGAGUUGACUCGAAAUCGAAAAUCGUCCAGUCCUUUGAUGUUUACCUCCCAAACGCACGUUACCACGAACAUCUUCCCACCAAACUCCGUUAGUGAACCGGCGCGCGAAGAGGGCAGUCCGUUUAGGCCAAUAGAGUCGUCGCCCGAUGAGGAGAUGAAGCGCAAGUCGUCGAAUCUCGAAGACGCGCUUUGCGAAUUGGAGGCGAUUUAUAACAGUUUGCAUUUGGGCGAUGAAGAUUUGCUCGACAGGGCGGAGAAGAGGGAAACGGCGGCGGCUCAGAAGCGCAAGGAGGACGCGCUCGAAUCGCGGUUACCACAAGGCGAUUUCGGUUUCGAUCCCAACUUCGAUUCCACCCGAAAGCAGCGCCAGUCGAAAAAAUCGGAACCAAACAUCCAGACUGACGACAUGGCGUUUCGCAAGCUAAACCGUCCACGUUUCAACACGAUAAACCAUCCACAGUCCUCAAUUUCUAACGUUAGCUACCUGUUGGCGUCGCCAGUCUUCAAUGGAUCUGUCGACGAAUUGCCAUCGAGUGUUAAAGGCGACGAACCCGAUACGACUCUGGACGAUGUUGUCUUUAGAAACGUCAUGCACACAAACAACUCCCUAAAGGUUGUCGAACCUCAACCACCAUUUGGCAUCCCAAUGGGACCAAUUUCACCCGCCUCCAACAGCGAUUAUUUGCAUAUAACGCCCGAACCUGAACCUACUAACAUCUGCAAAAAGGUGCCCGAUGUGAUUAAAGACGAUCUGGCCUACCGAAGCUUGCGCAAAGAUCCAAACAAAGCAACGGCAUUACCCCCUUAUCACGUCAACGAUGAUGUGUUGAACGGGGAUUGUUUCAAAAAGAAGAGAGCUGUGCGUUCACUCUCCGCCAACAUCGGCAGUUUAAUGCAUAAAAACGACGUGCCUCCAGGUAUUUCGAUCCACUACGAAGAUCAAAACAUCACAGAUGUGGCGGACGCAUUGGAGAUGGCUAGGCAAAUUUUACGCGACAAGGAGGAAAAAAUCAAUGCGACCCGACAGGCCUUCAUGAGCGAUGGCGAGCUGAAGUAUCGCAGAUUUGACAGCCGUUCGCCUACAACGCGCUUUAUAAACACCGACUGUGAUAGGCUCGAGGCCAAACCUCCAACUCCGGAUCGAAGAAAUUCGCGAACGUCGAAGGAAUCCACGCCAAUUCCCUCAGACGACGCCGAGCUCAAAAGGCAACUUCGCCAGUCGACCUUGGACGAACUACUGACAAGCCUGGCGGUCGAAACGCGAGAGAACAGCGAUAAGAUCACCGAGGAGCUCAACGCGAUCGAUCUUAGCACGAUUGCCCCAGGUGAGACGGUUACGAGUAGUAAAGACGAAACGAGUUCCGAGUACGUGUCGUUGCGCGAGAAACUAAUGCAGUGCGUGAAUAGCGAACUGUUAGCCGCCAACACCGAAGAGUUGGAGGUGACCGAAGAGAUCAGAAUCGAUCCGAUUCACGAGAUUGUGGCGAAUGUGGUCUUGUUGCCGGCGAAGUUAGACGACGAUCCGGUUGCGACCGAAGUUUUCAGCGAAUCCGAUCAUGACUACGUUAACGUACAGUCGGCCGAAGAGACUGAAAGGGGUGUUCAUGAGUCGAAGGACGAUUUACUGGCAGCGUUCGAAGCGAUAGAUGAGACGCUGAGAAAGAUGACCACGAAAGAAAAUGAGGGAGGAGGUGAGAAGUGUUUUAGUGUUGAAUACAUUGCUUUGCCAACUAAAGGGUGUGCCUAUGUUCAGAGCUCGCACUAUAGCUUUAACGUUGUAGAUCACUGUGGUGAAGAGGGUUCUAAAAAUUACGUGUCCGAAUUGUGUUUUAACAAUAACGACAAUGAGACUAAAUUUGAGAUAGGAGGGGCGGUUAAUAACUCUCGGGUAGAUCGGGAUUUGUGGUGUGGUAGCAGUGGAGAGAAUUUGGACAGUCUAAAGUCGCCGAAAUUAGUACAAAAUUUAAGCGAGACUUACAAACGCGCCGAAACUGAUCGUGCAAAUACUCAGUUGCCCGUAGAAGCUUCGAACGUUUCCAAUUUGAGGAGGCACACCCUUGACGAACCCAAGCCGAGUUGCGCUUGGUACGAAAGUCCUGGUACCGUUGCUCUUGCAUGCUCCUUUGGAAUUGCAUGUACUACUGAACUGCCCUCUUUUGAUACGAUUGCAGUUCUAGGGCUGCUCUUUGCUGUACUUUCGCUGAUAUUAGCGCUCCUUGCCAGAUUAUAAAAUGCGAGCUAAUUAAUACCGUUGUUUGUAAAUAAUAAUUUAUGUUGUGCCAAUACUGUAAGAUACCUAACUUAAUUUUAAUGUUUGCUAGAUGCGGAUUAUGCCAAAUAUUACUAAUAUUGCAUGUACAGUAAUUAUGUCGCUAGAUUUAAGUAUGUUUUACCUUUUUAAAUAAAUAUUAAUUGUUA